AUGGCGGAGCCCACGCGCGCCGCGGAGCCGGGGAGGUUUGCGCUCCGCUCGCCGCGCUGCAGGGAGGGCGCGGUGCCAGGCGCGAGCUCCCAGAGACCCCAAAAGAAAGCUUUUUAUUUGCUGAGUUUGAAGCCCCUGAAGGAGCCCGCCCCCAACGACAACAACAACAACGUGUCCUUUGUGAUCCAUUGUCAACUAGGCAAGGAGAUCCAACACAUUUGCAGCAACUGCAGUCGUGGCGAGGACGCCCGGGACGCUGAGGAAGUGGAGAGGCUGGCGGCAAUGCGAUCUGACUCCCUUGUCCCAGGUACCCACACCCCACCCAUCCGGAGGAGGAGUAAGUUUGCCAACCUGGGAAGGAUUUUCAAGCCUUGGAAAUGGAGGAAGAAGAAGAGUGAAAAGUUCAAACACACGUCUGCAGCCCUGGAAAGGAAAAUAUCGAUGAGGCAAAGCAGAGAGGAGCUAAUAAAACGAGGGGUCUUAAAGGAAAUCUAUGAUAAAGACGGGGAGCUCUCCAUAUCGAAUGAAGAUGACUCCCUGGAAAACGGGCAGUCCCUGAGCUCCAGCCAGCUAUCUCUGCCCGCCCUGUCCGAGAUGGAGCCAGUCCUGAUGCCCAGGGAUCCCUGCUCAUACGAGGUGCUCCAACCUUCCGACAUCAUGGAUGGGACAGUGUCUGAAGAGAGCCCCUCUGCCAGUGAGUCUGGAGUCCUCCUGCCCCAAGAGCCUUCAGCCAAACCCGUCCUGCUCCUGCCCCCCAAAAAACCUGCUGCUUUCCCUGGACACCAUGAGGAGACCCCAGUGAAGCAGCUCUCUCUCCUCAAGCAACCCCCCGCCCUGCCUCCCAAACCCACUGCCAGGGUUGCCAACCACUUAACAGAUCCUGGCGCCCCUGUGAAAUUGCCUUGUCUGCCAGUGAAGCUGUCGCCUCCGCUACCUCCAAAGAAAGUCAUGAUCUGUAUGCCCAUGGGGGGGCCAGACCUCUCCCUGGCGUCCUACGCGGCCCAGAAGAGCGGCCAGCAGGGCGGGGCCCAGCACCACCACACCGUCCUGCCCUCCCAGAUCCAGCACCAGCUGCAGUACGGCAGCCUCAGCCAGCACCUCCCUGCCACCACCGGCUCCCUCCCCAUGCACCCCUCGGGCUGCAGGAUGAUAGACGAGCUGAACAAAACGCUGGCCAUGACCAUGCAGAGGCUGGAAAGCUCUGAACAGCGGGUGCCCUGUUCUACUUCUUACCACAGCUCUGGUUUGCACUCGGGUGACAGUGUCACAAAAGCAGGACCUCUGGGCCUUCCGGAAAUAAGACAAGUGCCCACUGUUGUGAUUGAAUGUGAUGACAAUAAAGAAAAUGUGCCUCAUGAAUCAGACUACGAAGACUCUUCUUGCCUGUACACAAGAGAGGAGGAGGAGGAGGAGGAAGAAGAGGAAGAUGACGACAGCUCCUUGUAUACCACCUCCCUGGCCAUGAAGGUGUGCAGGAAGGACUCCUUGGCCAUCAAACUCAGCAACAGGCCCUCCAAGCGAGAGCUGGAAGAGAAGAACAUCCUUCCGAGGCAGACGGAUGAAGAGAGGCUGGAGCUGAGGCAGCAGAUCGGCACCAAGCUCACCAGGCGACUGAGCCAGAGGCCGACUGCAGAGGAGUUGGAGCAAAGGAACAUUCUGAAACCUCGGAAUGAACAAGAGGAACAAGAGGAGAAACGAGAGAUCAAGAGGAGGUUAACUCGAAAGCUCAGCCAGAGGCCCACAGUGGAAGAGCUGAGGGAACGGAAGAUCCUCAUCCGCUUCAGCGAUUACGUGGAGGUGGCCGACGCUCAGGACUAUGACCGCAGGGCCGACAAGCCCUGGACCCGCCUCACCGCUGCAGACAAAGCCGCCAUUCGGAAGGAGCUCAAUGAAUUUAAAAGCACUGAAAUGGAAGUUCACGAAUUGAGUAGACAUUUAACAAGGUUAGUAUCAAGUGGGCUUUUUUUCCCCUCAAAUUAUAACACGUACCCCCAAACUGAACCAUCCUAGCUGCUUGUGGAGGACAAGUGGUGUGGUGGGUGCAGGGAGGGGAGAAGAUAAAAGAAAGAUCCAGUGGGGAUCCACAGGUUCCACUGUGGUUUCUGAAAGUAAGGGAAGGAGCAUGAAAGGCCCAGGCUGAACGCAGCCUUCUCAAGGCCUAGUUUUUAACUCAUUCGAACUGAAGAGCUCCUAAAUGCCAGACCACCAACAUGGUGGGUAUUUAGGAGAACGUAAGCUGAGGAGAACAGAUCAAUUGCCAAUUUACUGCCAGUCAGCCGAGACCAAACUAGGAUAAAGUACCAAAUCCACGUGGGACUUCGGGAGCGGGGUCAUGCCUGUGAUGCCAUGUCAUUCUCCCAGACAGUCGUGUGUGAUGCUACUUGGGGAAACUGAGGCACAGGGAGAUGGGAGGCGCUUAUACAAGGUCACAGGGCUAGUCAGCGACAGAGCCGUUGACUGAGUUCUUCUGACCCUCUCCUUUGAGAACAUCUGGAGAAACAGUGCCCGACUCAGAGACACAAGGCUGGGGUC